UUCCACAAAUAAAUAACAAAUCACCCGAUUUUUAUGGCAAUUUGAAUUCUACACUCGUCAGGAUUCUUACCAUUUUAAAAUACUUAAAGAAUCUGUUCUGUUAAGAGUCUUCUAUUUAACUGGCUCUCAAAUAUUCCAAUUUUAUCAUCAAAUCAAAGAUUCCAAAUUUUCUCAAACUCCUAUUUUUAUUUGGUUUGACAAUUCAAAAUCACUUUAUAAAAGCAAAUGAAUUAAGAAUCUUCCUUUAAUUUUGGAUUCUGCAGUAUAUACACUCAAUACUAUACUGCUCAGCUUUACCAGCGGCCAUUAAAGUAAAGGGGUAUCAUGGCAACUGCAAACGGUGCCGGAGAAGCGGCUCCGGCGAGGCUCGAGGGAAAAUAUAAAGCAAUUUUUGUUUGUUGGGUUCUUGGAAUUGGGUCACUUGCAUCAUGGAACAGUAUGUUAACUAUUGGAGAUUACUACUACAACUUGUUCCCUGCGAGUUACCAUCCUUCAAGGGUACUUACUCUGGUUUACCAACCGUUUGCACUUGGGACAAUAGCAAUUCUUGCAUACUAUGAGUCAAGGAUUAAUACCAGGAAGAGGAACAUAGCUGGAUACAUACUUUUUGCAAUAAGUACUUUCAUGCUCAUGAUUAUGGCCUUGAUUACAUCCGGGAAAGGAGAUCUCGGAACGUUUCUUGGUAUUUGUGCUAUAGUUGCAGUUUUUGGACUUGCUGAUGCUCAUGUUCAGGGUGGUAUGGUUGGAGACUUAUCUUUCAUGUGCCCUGAAUUCAUUCAGUCUUUCUUUGGUGGGAUGGCUGCAGCAGGAGCUCUAACCUCUGGUUUGAGGCUAAUUACAAAAGCAGCAUUUGAUAAGGUCCAUGAUGGGCUCCGAAAGGGAGUUGUUUUAUUUUUAGCCAUCUCCGCAUUUCUGGAGUUUCUAUGCUUCAUCAUGUAUGCAUUUAUCUUCCCCAAACUGCCGAUCGUCAAGUACUACCGAGCGAAAGCAGCUUCAGAAGGAUCAAAAACUGUCUCAGCUGAUCUUGCAGCUGCUGGAAUUCAAACAAAAGAUGGUGUAGAUGAUCUCAAACUCAAUGAAAGAUUGAGCACUAAACAAUUGCUCCGAGAAAAUAUUGAUUAUGCACUUGAUUUAUUUCUAAUCUAUGUGCUCACAUUAUCUAUAUUCCCUGGAUUCUUAAUGGAAGAUACUGGUGACCAUCAGUUGGGCGAUUGGUAUGGUGUGGUUUUGAUAGCAAUGUACAAUUUCUGGGAUCUUAUUGGAAGAUAUGUUCCUCUAGUGAAAUGCCUCAAAAUGGAAUCAAGAAAGGGUCUAAUGAUUUCAAUUCUUUUACGUUUCCUACUAAUUCCUGCAUUUUACUUCACGGCAAAAUACGCUGAUCAAGGAUGGAUGAUCAUGCUCACUUCAUUUUUGGGAUUAACUAAUGGCUAUCUCACUGUUUGUGUCAUGACUGUGGCACCCAAAGGCUACAAGGGACCGGAGCAAAAUGCUUUGGGUAAUUUGCUUGUGGUGUUCCUCUUGGGAGGCAUAUUUGCUGGUGUUGCUCUUGAUUGGCUGUGGCUAAUUGGCAAAAAGAAUGCAUUCUGAGGAAAUAGUUAUGUGAAGAAAUUUUCUUUAUGUUUUUUGUUUAUUUAGAUGUUAGAUGCAAUUUGCCUUCAAUGUUAAUGCAUAACUAAUUUAUGCAUUGUAAAUAUGGCAUCAACAAAACUUUUUAUUUUUUUUAGUUUAGAUUUAUUGAAUUGUUCAGUUGUGAGUCAAGAUUGGUAUCAACAAUUUUAAAAUUAUCGUUUGGCCAUGAUAAUUUUUGAACUGCUGAAAAGAUAGAAUUGUUUUUUAAA